AUUUUUUUUUUCAGGUAUUGUAAGAAUGUCAUGAUUAGAUGUAAAGAAAGUUGAGAAAAUCUCAAAUGUGAAUGUCAUCCCAGAAAAUGUAAUAUUAGAAAACACACAUUAAUUUAAUAAUUAAUUAAUUAUUUGAAUUUGAUUAGCAAAAUGAAGCAUUCAGCUCCGUCGCCGGAAAAAGAAGACGAAGACGUAUACGGCGGCGAUGAAGAAGUAAUGAGCGAAAUCCACCUCGGAUGCCCACCUGGAUUCUCCGGACCUCAUAUUUCCCGUUUCACCGUUUCCCUUCCACUCCCACACGAUCUUGAUCACAGCAAACAAAUUCACAGUUCGGAAAACGAAGAAUUAGAAACUCCGAUUCUAGAAUUCGAUCAAGACGGUGACCUAGUUCUACCUCGCCGCCGCACCAAAGCAAAUGCAUCAUGUGAUGAUAAUAGCUAUUGUGUGAGAAUUCAGCAUAAUAUCACUUCGUCAAUUCCAAAUGUUGGUUUGCAAGUUUGGAGAGCUGAAUUGGUGUUAACUGAUUUCAUAUUGCAUAAAACAUUGUGUUCAUCUGAGUUUCACGGGGUUACUGCGAUAGAAAUUGGCGCCGGAACUGGCCUGGCAGGCUUGUUACUUGCACGUACUGCAAAGAAAGUGUUCGUAACAGAUCAUGGGAAUCAAAUACUUGACAACUGUGUGAAGAAUGUUCAGCUUAAUUGUGGAUUAUUGAAUAACCCUGCUACAGUUUAUGUACGUGACCUUGAUUGGUUUGAAUCCUGGCCUCCCAGAGCCAGAGUGGGAGAAGCUACUUGCACAUAUAGAUAUUCUUGGACUUCCAGAGAUAUUGAGGAUGCAGAAAAUGCUUCUUUAUUGCUGGCUGCUGAUGUUAUUUAUAGUGAUGACCUGACCGAUGCAUUCUUCUGUAUUUUAGAGAGAUUAAUGUCAAGGGGCUCAACUAAGGUGUUAUACAUGGCAUUGGAAAAGCGAUACAACUUCAGUUUUUCUGAUCUAGAUGUCGUUGCGAAUGGAUAUUCACAUUUUCUCAGCUAUCUUAGGGAUGAGGAUGCAAUUGAAAGCUUUGAAUCUGCAAGCAAGCCUAAUUUCGCGGGCAAGCGAAUGGACAUCUCUCGAAUUCCGCAGUAUGUUAAAGAAUAUGAAAGAACACACGAUGUCGAGAUUUGGCACAUCAAGUACUGUGGACCAAAACAUGAAACCUCAGUUAUCUCAGGAUAAAAAUUGAAGUUGAAUUCUUCUAUUACCAAUGUUAUUUAUUUUACUCAAUUUUAUAAAACUAAUUAAAGUGCAGGUUUUUUUAUUCAACUGUAUAAUAAUAUUAUUAGAGGACUAAUUUUAUAAUUUGAAAACUAUCUGUAAGAGUGCCAAUGUUUGAGUUUGAUGAGAAUGUUUGUGUGGUUUUGUCA